UUUUUUAUCCACUAACAUUAGUCCUUGACACUAUAAAUUCUCAUCAAGUGGUGGUAGAUCAUCAUUCGUACUCAAAAUCAAUAGAGAGGAGAAGCAAGUUAGCAAGGGGAAAAUAUGGCAGAGUUGGGAUCCCAGCUUUCUAGAACUACCUCUUGGAUUGAGAGGACUGGCUUCCAAGGCGUCGUUUUGCACCCAAGGGAGCUCUCUGUUACUGAUUCUGAUGACAAGGGCAAGUGGCUCUGGCACUGGCUCAUGCUGGAAACUCAAGAUCACGAGAACGUCGAAGUUCCCCAGCUCAUAGGAGAUGAGGUAUACAUCGAGGGCAAAUGCGACAUGUCCAAGCUCAAAACAGGCGAAACCUGCGACGCGGUGGUCACCGUAAUGCUAAAGGACGUCAUUGAAGAGGGGGACUUCGUCGUGAACCUCGAGCUCAAAUUACCUCAAGAAGCUCCCAAGGCCCAUGAGGUCGACCUCAACGCCAUGCCCAAGAACGAGUGGCUGGUGCUGGUGGUCGGAGAUUUCGUGGCCGCCGAGUCCGGCGAGGUCCGCUUCGUGAUGAGCUCGAAAAAGGCGAAGAAGGGGCUUAUCGUUAAGGGGGCCUCUGUUCAUGCCGUUCCUCAGAUGAUGCCGUCAGAGUGAGGAAAGAGGAUGAAGGACAUGUGAUGUUCUGCUGUUGUGUGUUCUGCUUUUGUUGAGAAUUUGAUUAAGUCUGUGUUCGGUUGGAUCCUUCAUCCGUGUCUGUUUUUCCCACCGAAAAUGGGGUUGUUAAUUAAUUUAAGAGAACUUAUCAGAACUGUCAUUGUAUUUGUCUAAUAAAUGAAUUGGGUAUAAUAAUUAUCAAAUAACACUGCCAUGAAAUAGUCAGGAUUUUACAUAGAAAAAUAUUAUAAACUACUUUUACUAGAGAAAAGUAUUUCAAUUAUUUUUCUGUAAACUAUAUCACGACUAAUUUCUACUUGUGGAAUUUAGCGAAUGAGAAGUAGAUGAUAUUUGUUGGACAUUUAUACAACUAUAUUUCUAUAGUAAGAUGAUCUUUGGGCUGGGAGAUUAUAAAUACGGAGUAAUUUGGACUUUCAAUAACUAUUUUUAACAUUAUUUAGACAUGUUUUCAAUUGAUUUCAAAGUUUUAACAACUUUCCUUAGUAAUAUUAGUUUAGGAUAGUUUCCUACAAAACUCCUAGCUCAUGAUGGUUUU